ACUUAUUCAACAUCUUGUACCAUGGUUUCCACUGAGCAGUCAGAAGGUAAUUGGGGUUCACUUUCACUACUUGCUAUUAUCUGUUGCUGGAAAAUCUGCAGUAUACUGUUUGUGGCUGGACAUCUCGACAGCCGCAUGAAUACAGUGCAGAGUUCAGUACCAUUGUCCUGCCUGGAGGGCUUCACUGAGCUGGGGUAUUACAACGGCUCAGUUUCCCAGACGGACUCUGGCUCGCCCUGUCUGAAAUGGGCCGAGUUCCCAGACUACGUCCUGCAGUACCCGGGCCGUGGGUUGGGCGAUCACAACUACUGCCGUAACCCCGACCGCGAGUCCGACCCGUGGUGCUUCUUCAGGCAGAGCUCCGGGGCCAUCGGCUGGGGCUACUGCGACUGCCACCAGGGUGCAGCCAGACUAGUAGGAGGCCCCUCUAAUAAGAGUGGUCGUCUGGAGGUUUACCUGAAUGGCCAGUGGGGGGCAGUGUGUGAUACGCACUUGACUGACAGAGAUGCCAGUGUCAUUUGCCGUCAGCUCAGACUGGGAGAAAUUGGCACCGCCCUCCAGCACUCAUACUUUGGACCCGGUUCUGGGCUCUUCCAUUAUGAACGUCUUGGCUGUCAUGGCAACGAAAACUCUGUGUUGGAGUGCAGGAGCAGGAAAUUCGUUUCAGGCGACUGUAACCAUGGAAAUGAAGCAGGGGUUGUGUGCGCAGCACCUGAAGGAUACGGUGCCCCCUUGAGGCUGGUGGGGGGCCUGGAGGAUUUUGAGGGCCGUGUGGAGGUCUAUCGCGAUGGGAGAUGGGGCACCAUUUGUGAUGACCAAUGGGAUGACAUUGAUGCUGAGGUGGUCUGCAGACAACUUGGCCUGGGGGGUGUGCCAAAGGCGUGGACAUGGGCUCACUUCGGACAGGGAACGGGUCCCAUUCUCCUGGACAGUGUUCAGUGCACAGGCAAUGAACUCUCAUUGGAGGAGUGUCCGCAUGCUCCAUGGGGCCAGCACAACUGUGAUCACAUGGAGGAUGCUGGGGUGUCCUGCAACCCAUACACAGAUGGAGUGGUUCGUCUCGUCGGAGGUGACAGUCCAUGGGAGGGUCGUCUGGAGGUGUAUCACGAUGGAAACUGGGGCACCGUGUGUGAUGAUAACUGGACCGAGCUUCACGCCCAGGUGGUUUGUCGACAGCUGGGCUUCAGGGGGCGUGCUGAGGUGGCUCCAGACGGGGUGUACGGAGAGGGCACGGGGCUGAUCCUUCUGGAUGAGGUGAAGUGCGAGGGCAGAGAAAGGUCUUUGCUCGAGUGUGACCACGCCGAGUGGGGACGCCAUGACUGCUCUCACAACGAGGAUGUUGGGGUCCGCUGCGAGAGAGGAGGAGAUAGCAACGAGGUCCCCAGAACAGCCCCGUUCUCAGGGCCCCUGGUGAGACUGGUUGCCGGGGAGAGCCGUAAAGAGGGGCGCGUGGAGGUGUUCCUUAACGGCGAGUGGGGGAGCGUCUGUGACGACGGGUGGAACGACAUUAACGCAGCGGUGGUGUGCAGACAGCUUGGCUUCGUAGGAGUGUCUAAGGCUCGUUCCAUGGCGUAUUUCGGGGAGGGUCAGGGACCCAUCCACUUGGACAAUGUGAAGUGUGUAGGGACAGAGGCGUCUCUGGGGGAGUGUUCGGCGGAGGGGCAGGACGCCCACGACUGCAGACACAGCGAGGACGCGGGGGUCAUCUGUGACUAUGUGGCAGAGCCUGUGGGAGACAGCGCCAUGGCAACGCAGCCCUGUGGCCUAAGACCCAACGCACAGCGUCGCAGGAGGAGGAUCAUUGGUGGGGACAAGUCGUUAAGGGGGGACUGGCCGUGGCAGGUAUCUGUGUGGCUGAGAUCCCAGUCUAAAGGCACACACCCUCUGUGUGGAGGAACACUCAUUAACUCCUGCUGGGUCCUCACGGCUGCACAUUGCUUUAAGAGGUUCGGCAGCGACCCGUCGCGUUACGUUUUGAGGCUCGGCGACUACCACACGGAAGAGCGGGAUGACUUUGAGCGCAGCCUCACGCCAGAGCGUAUCGUCAUACAUAAGAAGUACCACAACCAGGGCUGGGAGUACGACAUCGCUCUGGUGAAGCUCAAAGGGGCGGAUGGGAACUGCGUGGCUUUCAACCCCCACACUAACGCCGCGUGCCUGCCUGCUCAGGGCGCCAAGAGGGCCAAGAAACCGGCCGCGUGCGUGAUCACAGGCUGGGGUGUCACAGACUCUGAGUACUCCCGGACGCUGCUCCAGGCCUGGGUGCCCUUGCUGCCCUCGUGGAAGUGCAAGAAACGCUACGGCGCUCGCUUUACCAGCCGCAUGCUCUGUGCCGGCAGCUUGUCGAACCGUCGCCGCGUGGACAGUUGCCAAGGUGACAGCGGCGGCCCCCUGGUGUGCCAGGGGCCAGGCGGUCGCUGGGUGCUCACCGGGGUCAUCUCCUGGGGUCACGGCUGCGGUGACCCCACUUACCCUGGCGUGUACACCCGCGUAAGCAGGUUCCUACGGUGGAUUGAGAAGGUUAUGCUCAGCCCAGCCAAAGCCUAA